AUGCACUGUCACGCGCGCUUCUACUGUUCACUUGCGCUGGUCGCAAGCUCCUUGUUUUCUUUGGCUGCACAGGCUUCAUCGUUGUCGACGCGGGCAACGGUGUGCAAUGGCCAUGCUGAGCUAUGCGAGAGGAGUUAUGGGAGCGUGUCCUUUGUUGGUGCCCACGAUUCAUACGCCGUUGGAGCAACAAGCAAUGUGUUCGUCAAUCAGGAUCAUGAUGUUACACAGCAACUCAAUGAUGGCGUUCGUAUGCUGCAGCUCCAAGUUCACAAUCAAGGUGGAGCCCUGCGGCUCUGCCAUUCAAUAUGUGCCAUAGCCGACUCCGGUCUGUUACAAGAUUACCUUAGCAAAGUCAAGUCAUGGAUGGACAGCAACCCCAACGAAGUUGUGUCUAUUUUGAUAGUCAACAUUGACAAUUCACCCGCCCCUUCGUUUGACCUGGCUUACAAGGCGGCCGAUUUGGAUGGGAUAUCUUUUGCUCCUGAGACACCCACAUUGCCUGCUUCGGGAUGGCCGACUCUCGGAAGUAUGAUCGACUCGGGCAAACGUCUGGUCAGUUUCUUGGACAAUGGCGCGGAUCCUUCGAUUCCCCACCUUAUUGAUGAGUUCACGAAUAUCUGGGAAACUGCAUUCAACCUCGUCAACCCCGAUCUCUUCGACUGCACGGUCAACAGAACAAAAGGAGAUACAUCUACACAGAUGUUCCUGAUCAACCACUUCCUCAACAAGCUCGUUGCCGGCCUCCCCGCACCAGAUCCCGACAAUGCUAAUGUCACGAACGCUGCGACCGGCGCUGGUUCAUUGGGGGCUCACGUCGAUACGUGCAGAACUGUCCAAGGACGCCCACCAACCUUCCUCCUUGUUGAUUUUUACGAGUUCGGCGGAGGUUCCGUGUUUCAAGUAGCGGCCGACAUCAAUGGCGUCACAUACGCCCCAACAACCCCCAUUGCUCAACCAGUAACAGCCAAUUCCAGCACAUCAUCAUCACCAUCUUCCGGGAGUGGCAGCGGCAAUGGCGCAACUGCCAUGUCAGCCUCCAACUCAAUGGCAAUGGCGUUCUCCGUGCUGUCGGCAGUGACAAUGGGCGUCGUCAGCGUGCUCUGA